CUUUGUUUAUCAUUUUUUGUCUGUUUGAUUAUCUCCAGACGGCGUUUUUGAACCGGGUAAAAUGAGCCGUCUCCGAGCAUUUUCUGCGCCGGAUUUAGUUCCUUCUGAUUCUGGAUCUAUUACAUCAUCACCAACAAGAACCAUAGAGCAUCAAUCUCAUGAAGAUUCUGGUUUAGAAGGAAUCACUACGAACGUAAAGCUACUGCUGAAACUCGUUCAAGAUCACAAUGAAGCAACCUCGAGGCACCACGAUGAUUGGAAGGUCCAGAGAGUCAACACGAUGAUGACGAUUCUCGAUGAUCUAAAGACACGAAUCCAGAAAGCUCAACAACAAUCAUCAUCUGGGAAAAAAGAGCUUAGACGAUGCUUCACAGAUCUGAAACCGGGUCAUGAUCCAACCAAGAGUCCAACAAAGCCGCCACAGAACGAUCCUGAAGAUAUUCAGAAACUGAGAAAAGAGUUAAGCGCGAGUAUGGCUGCAAGAAAGAGUCUUCAAAUGAUGUGUUCGAGUUUAGGGAAAGAGAAAGAGAUAAUGGCUUUAGAACUUUCGAGGAAAGCUCACGAAUUGAACGAAAUGGAGGAGCUUAUAAGUGAUUUUAGGGCUCAAAAUGAGAAAUUACUUAAGAAAGUGCAGAAUUGCGCUGCAGAGCAUAAUAAGGAGAAGAAAGGAGAUGUUGAUUGUCCAGGAGACAACAAUGUUCCUCUACAGGGAAGAAACAAAGAGUUGUCUGAACAGCUUCUCAAGUCUAUUGACGGAUACCGAUCGCUUAAAAGGAAAUACAAAGAUGUUCAAGAAGAAAAUGGAUCAAUGAGACGAGCGCUUAGAGAUUAUGCAGAAGGAGUCAAUGUUGGGACUCAGAGACUAAUCAAGUUGCAUGAGAAGAUCACAAGAAAAGAUGAAGUGAAUAUUGAGAAUGAGAUUUCAGAUUUAGAGAAGUUGUUUCAAGGGCUUGGUUUAAAGAUUUCGAAUCAUUCCCAAAAGAAGUAAAAGAAACAGAGAUUUUCAUUUAUGUAUCAAAAUAUAGAUUCUAAUCAUGU